ACGCGGUUGUGUGUGGGAUCAAAAAAAGAGAAAGAGCAUUUUAUAUGUACCAAACCCCGCGUAACUUGUGUUACACUUGGAAGUUGGAACCUUAGUUUAAUUUGUUUUAUAACAACGAUAAAGUUUUGUUUUCUUAUGCUCAUUGACUCAUUGUCUUCUAACUACACACCUUCGUUCUUCUUUGUCUUCCUCUUCUUCCUUAUCCAAUUCUUAAACAUGGUUCUAGCUACACUCUUGCUAUUACUGCUUUUCAUUGCAGCCAUCAUCAACAUCUUUUUUAACAUACCCACUAACAAGAUUUGUGCGUGCCUUCAAAUUUUGUUCCCCAAGAAGACCAAAACCAAUACUACUGCUGAAGCUCCAUCAUCAUCUUCUAGAUCCUCAGCAGCAUCUGCGUUGAGGAAAGAGGAGCUUAGGAAGGUGUUUUCGACUUUCGACAAGAACGGGGACGGGUUCAUCACAGGGCAGGAGCUGAAGGAGUCACUGAGGAACAUCAGAAUGUUGAUGACGGACACAGAGAUUGAUGACAUUGUUGUCAAGUUUGAUUCCAACGGGGACGGGUUGCUUGAUUUCGAAGAGUUUUGCUUGCUAACGAGGGAAUUGGGAGGUGAAGUUGAACAAGAGGAAGAAGAGGUGAACUUGAAGGAGGCGUUUGAUGUGUUUGACAAAGACAAAGAUGGGUUAAUAUCAGUGGAGGAGCUUGCUUUGGUGCUAACUUCCUUGGGAUUAAGGGAAGGGAAGAAUAUUCAAGAGUGCAGGGACAUGAUUAGGAAGGUUGAUAUGGAUGGUGAUGGCAUGGUUAAUUUUCAUGAGUUCAAGAAAAUGAUGAUCAAUAACAAUGGAGGAAACCGUUUCAAUCCAUCCAUCUUUUCAUAAAACCCUCAUCACCAUGCAAAUUCUGUAUUCUCUAUUGUAUAUUACUAUUGUCACUCAUUCAUUUUGAAGUUUCUUUGAUAUCUAUAUGUUUGACUUAUUAUUAUGACUACCUUAUAAAUUUUCAACUAUUAUUUCAAGAAGCAAGAUGCCAAGAUUUGUGAUUUGAUGCUUAGGUUAGGAUUUUCCCUCCACCAUGGUUUUAAUUUCUUUAAUAAUUAGAGGGAUGUUAGACAUUUUAUAAAACAUUUUAAAGCAGAAAUAUCCAGGUGUAAAGGGGACCAAAACUUGAAAGUUUGGCUUACAGAAACAGAACACCCUAAGGCAUGGGUACGAACAAUGCUUCCUCAAUCUCUCAUUAUGUGGGUGGGUUAUUGCUUCCCUUUUUCCAGUUCCUUCUUCAAAGGGUGUCAACAAAAGCAAAAGUGCAUAUAAUGAUGAAAGUAAUGCUGGCUUUCUGCAUGGUCCAGGUCCAUUCCUAUGUGUCUUUUAGUUUU